UGCUACAUUCUGUCUGUUGCCUUCUCUGGUGACCUCACUUCUCCCAGACAUUAUCCUUCAUAACUUAAAAUAUUAUCCUCAUACUUAAUACAAUUCUUUUGCCUUUCUACGCUGAAGCAACUCUCCCUGGACAAUAUCUGGCCACUUAAGACUCUGAAAUGAAUGUUGACUUCUGUUCCGUUCUAAGCCUCUGAGUCUCAAAGCUUCAUCAAAAUGAGGUUACUUCUUUGGGCCUGCAUCACAUGUGUUGCUUUUGCAAAGAGGAGACGUUAUCCCUUCAUUCAUAAGAAAUCGCCCUCAUCCACUGAAGAGGAUUACUUUGGAAAUCGCUACCCACUUAAUCCAUCUCUGAAUAUCCCGUUUGGUGUAUGGCAUGAUAACUUGCCACCUCUUCUUUUGCCUCCUCUUAACACUCAAGAAGGAAAUGUCAUCACCAAAUUCCCUGGAAGUUCCGGGCUUGAAAGAGGGCUACCUCUACAUCCUUGGAUUGUCACUCCUUCUAAACUUCGCUAUGUAUACCAAAGUCUUAACUACCCCUCUGAAGUUCCUCCACUCAUGAGUCCUGCAAUUUUUCCUCAUCCUCCUCCCCGACCUUUUCCUCCCAGGCCAUAUCCCUUCAUCAUACCGCCAAAGGUUUCUGUCGCCUCAGCUGUUGGACCUGAACCUGUAGCAGAUUCUGCUGUGCCUCCUGAGGGCGAGGGUCUGGUACCUGAGUUCCCUGUAGACAAAACUAUUUCAGGUCUGCCUCCGGCAGUCAAACUUGAAACACCCAUGCCACCCUCUGAACCCAAAUCUCUUCUUGCACCUGAGCCUGCUCCAGCCCAGUUUGGUGCACCUGAGCCUGCCCCAGUUCAGUUUGGUGCACCUGAGCCUGCUCCUAAGUUAGAGGCGGCUGUGUCUUCUGCAGUCCGCCCUGUGGCACUUGAACCCACUCUACCUAUGUCCGUGGGAUUACCGUCACUACUAGCUGAAUCCCCUGCAGGACUGUCUCCUGAAAACAAACCUACUUCAGGUGAGCCUGCUGUAGCAGAGGCUCUGCCGGUUUUGCCUGCUACAGGCCUCUCUGCUGAAGCCAAGCAGCCUGCAGUAGAAUCUGCUGCAGGCCGACCUCCUCCAGCUGAAUUUAUGGCGAGCCAGUCUGAUGUGGAAAAACUUAUUACAGCUGAGCCUACUGAAGCAAAACUGGAAGGACCUGAGCCUGUUGAGGCUAGAUCUGCUAGCCAAGAACCACAGCCGUUUUUUACCAGAUGCCGAUGAACAAACCAAAAGAAAUCUAAAUGUUCUUUCCUUUCUCAACAAAUAGUUUACUAUGUUUUAUUAAAACUAUCAGUCUGACCAUA